AUGGCGGCUUCCUGCACGCUCACCGUCCCCGCCCCCUUCGCCGCCGCCUCCUCCUCCUCCUCCACUUCAGCCCGUCGGUACAGGCGAUUCGGGGUGGUUGCCAUGGCUAGCGUGGGGCAGAAGGUGUACGCGCCCGGCGUGGCCGUCUCCGACGGCAACGGCGGCCUGCCCAAGAUCAGCCUCAAAUCCCCGCACGGGAGUGAGGCUGAGAUUUAUCUAUUUGGAGCAUGUGUCACAUCUUGGAAGGUUCCCAGUGGAAAGGACCUGCUCUUUGUCAGACCAGAUGCCGUGUUCAAUGGCCAGAAACCCAUCAGCGGUGGAAUUCCACAUUGUUUCCCCCAGUUUGGCCCCGGUCCCAUGCAGCAGCAUGGAUUUGCCAGGAAUGUGAAUUGGUCUAUUACUGAUUCAGAAGUCACAGAAGGAGAUCCAACUGUAACUUUGGAACUAAAAGACGACUCGUACAGCCGUUCAAUGUGGGAUUUUAGUUUCCAAGCUUUAUACAAGGUUGUGCUGCACUCUACAAGCCUGUCAACGACCCUGAAAAUAAUAAAUACAGACGAUAAACCUUUCUCGUUCAACUCAGCCCUCCACACUUAUUUCAGUGCUUCCAUCGCUGGUGUUUCAGUGAAAGGUCUCAAAGGUAGCAAGACUCUCAAUAAGGAUCCUGAUCCUAAAAAUCCUCUGGAGGGCAAAGAAGAAAGGGACGAGGUGACCUUUCCAGGAUUUGUGGACUGUGUUUACCUUGGCGCACCGACUGAGCUUACACUGGACAAUGGAUUGGGUGACAAAAUUGUAAUCUCAAACACAAACUGGUCAGAUGCAGUGUUGUGGAAUCCUCAUUUGCAGAUGGAGGCAUGCUACAAAGACUUUGUUUGUGUUGAAAAUGCAAAGAUUGAAACAGUACAACUGGGUCCAAAAGAAUCUUGGGUGGCAGAGCAGAAAAUUGAACUUGUCUGA